CCCGCCCAAAGCGGGACGUAUGGUAAGCCUAAUCAUAAUGCAAAAUCCAUACUUCCUCCAACUCGACCUAUCAUUAACCUUUAACCCUGUAAUCGUUGAAGUGUGCAAAAGUAAACAGAUUGCCGCAUCUUGCUGAAUCAUCUUUGGUUUGCUUUACUUGCGGCUAGGAAAUCAGCUGAGUAUGUCACUUCGCGUUGCUAAUUUAGCUACCAAAAUGAUCAGGUGCCCGCCAGAAGUAAUAUUACGUCCAUUGGCGAGGGGAGAUCAUGUCCAACGAAGGCUUUUAACGCAAGAGAAUGUUGCUUCUACAAUGAAAAGGUUUUAUCGCACUGCUGUCUGCACAGAACUUAAGAAACCUAUGAUCAUUUCACAAAAGGAAUCAGAAGAUGUCGAUUUGGAUCAGGUCCGAAUAAAAGUUGAGGCAGCAGCUGUAAACUUUGGUGACAUCUUGACUGUUGAAGGAACUUAUCAAGAGAAAAUAGAACCUCCUUUUACACCAGGAAAUGAGUUCUCUGGUAUUGUAACAGAAGUCGGUCCCGAAGCUAAAAGAAUUAAACCUGGAACAAGGGUUUGUGGAAUGAGUUAUGGAAACGCAUAUGCUGAAGAAAUUAUUGUCAAUGAAGGGGCAGUGUUUGAAAUUCCUGAUGAAAUGAGUUACGCAAGCGCAGCUGGCUUUGUUGUUUCUUAUGCAACAGCUAUACUGGCUCUUGAAAAGAAAGGAAGAAUAAAGAAAGGAGAGUCGAUACUUAUUACAGCUGCUGCAGGAGCAGUAGGAUUGGCUGCUUUAGAUCUUGCGAAGAAUGUUUAUGGAGCCGAAGUAUUUUGUGCUGCAGGUGGAGAAGAAAAAUGUCAAUUUUUGAGACAAAAAGGAGCAACUGCUAUAGAUUACAAGAAAGAAAACAUUCGUACAAUCGUCAAAUCAAUCAAACCACGAGGAGUUGAUCUUGUGUUCGAAGUUGUGGGAGGAGAUGUUUUUAAAGAUUGUUUUAGGAGUAUGGCACCAGAUGGAAGGCUUCUUAUAAUAGGAUUUGCAUCAGGAAAGCAUCCAAUGAUACCAGCAAAUCAUACUUUGGUCAAAAAUGUAUCGGUCAUUGGAAUUUAUUGGGGAAGCUAUAGAGGAAUUGACCCACAAUUAUUCAUGUGGACAAUUACUGAAGUAUUUAAACAUUUCAAAGCUGGAAAACUCAAACCUCAUGUUGAUAAGACAUUUAAAUUAGAACAGGUGAAUGAAGCUUUUGAAUAUAUCAGAGCAAGGAAAAAUAUCGGCAAAGUUGUAUUAGAAAUGACAUGAAUCUUAUCACGAAGGUUUACCGCCUAAAUUGAAUAACGUGAUUCUACAACAAGAAUUGAUUAUACCACUAAUUUUUAAUACUCUUCAUGUAACAGACCCAGAGAUUUUCGGGGAUAAAAACUAUCAUUUACCAAAUUUUUCAUGACAUUUUACUGUGCAAUUUUCUACUUUUAAUCAUUCAUUAUUCCUUGCUAUAUUAUAUAAAUAUGUGCUUGGCAACCAAUCACACAAAUCAAAUAUAGAAAGUUACUAUUUUUAA